AUUUUGAUGGCUAUAUCAACGGCCAGAAACAGGGGAACAAAAUUGAUUGGAGCAGCUAAUCGAUGUGCCCGAAACAUAUAGACGGCCUCUUUGCUAUCAUCAACGUCGGGAGGGGGAUUGGAAGCCGGAGCAAGAAGGAAUCUUUCCUUCUAUGUGCUUCUGAACGGCACGUGCGUGCAAUUCCUCAUCAGCCGCCACGCUUCCCAAGGUUCAAUCCUAAAAUUUCCUCAAUUUUGUCAUGGGGUUUCUCAUUGUUAGCAUCCCCAGUUUCCGAGCUUGACCUCCAUCCAUCGAUGUUCGUUUCAUGGUUUUUCCUUUAUGUUUUGAUGAUUGGUACUCAUCCUUUGUUGCCAAGUCUCGGUUUCUACUCCGAUUUCGCUCGAAUUAAAUCUGAUUUUGUUUGGAUUGCAACUGGGUUGUGGUUCUCUUUGUGUUAUAUAAGCUUGAGGCAACAAACACAAGCUAUUAGGUUUGUGCUGCUUUGUUCAUUUCGUGAUCCGGCAAAGCAACUGAGCGACACGGGUGCUUCUGGAGCAAUGUCAUCAUCUUUACCAGUCUUCUCAAUGCCUUUGGAGGAGAAGUAUCCCAAAUUACCAGAUAGCUUGCAGGUUUCCUCUGAAAGUCAGCUGAUGGCACAUUCCAUUUCCCCUAGGCCAAUUCCAUUGCCUUCUAGCAGUGAGACAGUUGGGCACUUGUUUUCAUCCACUUCCGGAUUCCCUACAAAUGUUCUUUUCUCUUCAGAUUCACAUCAAGCGGGGCAUCCCCACAAUUCUCUUUUUAUUUCUCAGUCAUCGACUGAUGAAGGAUCCUUUCCACAAUUACAUUCUUUCCAUUCUGAUCUAGAAUCCACACAAUUGAGUAAAUGUCCCAAGGAAAACAGUGAUAUAUCAUGGAGUGCAGAUUCACUGCCAGAUUUUCUUGGGUUUCCAGAUAAUAAUGCACCUGUCCAGAAUAGUCAGAUUGAAAGCAGCACUGGUGGAAUAUCAUCUGAAGAACAUAUUAAGAGAACUGAUUGGCAGGAAUGGGCAGAUCAGUUAAUCAACGUUGAUGAUGCUCUGGACUCGAAUUGGAGUGAUAUCCUGGUUGAUGUCAAUGUUCCAGAUCCUAAACAAAAGGUCAUAGGACUAUCUGCAGAUGUUUCUGCAAACCAGCCUGCAGCUAAUCAUCAUCAUACUGUACCAUCUAAAGAAAAUUUUCCAGUUCCUAGUCCAGGGUCCAGUGCAACCCAGAUAAAGACCCGUAUGCGUUGGACACCUGAACUUCAUGAAGCCUUUGUGGAAGCUGUCAAUAAGCUUGGUGGUAGUGAACGAGCUACUCCAAAGGGUGUCCUGAAGCUGAUGAAUGUUGAAGGCCUGACAAUCUAUCAUGUAAAAAGCCACCUACAGAAAUAUAGAACAGCUAGAUAUAAACCAGAGCUGCCAGAAGAAGAGACUUCAGAGAAAAAGUUGGCUCCUAUUGAUGAGAUCACAUCUCUCGACUUGAAAACAAAUAUGGGGAUUACUGAAACAUUGAGAUUGCAGAUGCAACUUCAAAAACAGCUUCAUGAACAACUUGAGAUUCAGAGAAAUUUGCAAUUGCAAAUUGAAGAACAGGGGAAGUACCUUCAAAUGAUGUUUGAGAAGCAGAAAAAGAUGGAUGAUGGAAAAUCAAAACCGUCAUCUUCCAGCAUAGAUGAACACUCUCCCCCAUUGUCAGGCAUGGUGGUGCAACCUACCCCUGUGGAUAACAAAUUAGAAGCCAUUGGGGAAAUGGGCAAGGAGCAAACAGCAGCUGAAAGCAGUAUAUGCAAGGAUCUUGAUGCAGAUGCCCAGGAAUCUAGUCCUCUUCCACCUACAAAACGUGCCCGAGGAGCUUAAACACCAGUAAUCAUCAGCUAACCUAACCUGGAGCCUUGUUUUUGAAUUUUGUGUCUGCGACUUUGCUCCUCUAUUAAAUGAGUUCCUGGACGAUUAGCCAAAAAAAAAAAAAAAGAAAAGAAAAGAAAAAUGUUCCUAGACAGAUAGUCAGUCUUGCCAAUUGCCAUAUAGUUUGCUGUCAGUGUUGAAAAACAGAAAAAGAUGGGGAGACAACUUUAGCCAAUGCUCUUGGAAGUGGACAUGAUUAGCUUUUCAUUUACCAAAUAAGAACUCUUCAUUUUCUACUGUUGCUUUUGGACAGAAGAGAAGCUUCUUUGUAUAUAUUGUUGUGAAUAAGUAUUCAACAAGUAUUUGCAGAAUUCUGUCACGUUUUGUUCCUUUCUAAA